GCUCAUGGAAUACAGUCCUCAUACAGUCACAAUUCUAAAACCCACUUGUUUAUUUGGCUUUGACUCUAAAUUUGAAAAGUAAUACUUUAAAACUGGUAUCGCUAUAACCUGCCGCACCAUGAUGCUGAGUCGAGCCUUGACCGGACUAGCGCCUAUGAAGGCGUCCUAUUCGAAGCGCAGGAUGUCCGACGAGAAGAUUACUUUUAAACGAAAACGCGUCAAAGUAAUAGCACAACCCCGUCCCAUAGCCUUGCCGGAUGUCAAGAGACCUCCCUUUCUUCUGGUCAAGAGCUUCUUAAACUUGCGGCAACUUAACAACGAAAACGUUGCGAAGAAGGUGUCGCAAGCUACGGAAGAUCUGAGCUUCAAGCCACACCGGACUCUGCUCGUCGGAAACAAUCCGUAUCUACCAGUUUCGGAGCAGGUUGAUAGGAAUCGUAGUCAUGCGACUUUGCUUCCAAAUCCGAGCCCAGAGGAAAUCCAUGAAACGGAUCCGCAAACUAAUCAGGAGUCGGAUCCGAUAGCAGAGACGUCGUGACUCUUGACCACGGUCCAUAUCGAUCCAUAGUUUGCUUGUAUUUUUAGUUUAGUAAAUGUAUUAUUUUUUCAUUUUA